UCGUGUCACGUUGCAAAUCUCCAACGCCCCACUUCUCCCCCCUCUCUCUCUCGAAUCUGAAACUUCCGUUUAUCUCGUGUCCUAAAAACUUCACCAUCUUCUCCACUUUUUCCAACAUUUUUCUUUCUUAGGAAAAAAAGAAAAGAAAGAGAGAUAAAAUGGCUGGAACACACGCUUUGAAGAGGAUCCCUCGCAUCAAAUUUCCUCAACGACAUCCAAAACCUUCUUCUGAAACAUCUACCCCAGCAACAGAUGAUACCUUAAAGGCGUUCCUAUCCAGGUCAGCUUCCAGCAACUCCUCCUUGUCUGCCUCUGGGAAGGCUUCUGAUCAGCCCAAACGAGUCCCUGUCUCUAAGGAUGAGAUAGAGGCCAUACUGUUGGGUGGCUGCAUCUAAACUCUGAUUAUUCAAUGGUUAUCGUGUGUAAUAAUGUUUUGGUUCCAUUUUGGAGGAAAAAAUGGUAAACUUCGGUUUCAUUUUGAGAUAUUGUUGCUGCCGUUAUAACCUGAGUAAAGAAGGUAGCAUAGGUAGAAGAAAUACUGGUCCGAAUACAUCAGCUAGGUUGUUUUACCAGUUGAUGUAUAGACGAAUUGUUUGAAAAUACCAGAUACUGAAUAGAAAUUAUACCAGAAUUGCGAUA